ACGCAAAAAUGUAUUUGUUUAAAAGCUGACAAAUUAUUCUGGUAUCGAACUAGUCAGGAGAAAAGGGGGCUGUCUUUCGGAAAGUGAUUGCAAUUUGUUUCUUGGACCUGCCCAAAGGUUAAUAGCGAUUCGAUGCUUGGAAAGUGGAAUUGACAUUUCAGUGAUAUUACUGUUCGAACGAUAUGGAGUCACACUGCAAUGGAACCGUCAUGGUUUUCCUGUCCAGCGCGUUAAUCCUUCUCGGAAUCCUCGUUUGGAAGCAACAUCAAAAGAGGGCUGCUUCUUACGGAAGAUACAGCUUGAAAUCGUCUACGACCAAAAUCCUAAUCCCGGCUAAUGUGGGUUGGUUCGUUCAGGAAUUGCCUUCGUUUGCUGUACCGGUUCUGUUAAUUUAUCAGUCGGGCGACCUAGAUAACUUGGGGAGUAAACUGCUGCUGUGCUUGUUCUGUGGGCACUAUUUUAGGGUAUUUAUUUAUGGAUGUUUCACCAGAGGACAAGUUGUUGAAAUCUUCUUUGUUUUGAAAUGUUUUGUAUUUUGUGCUUUGAAUGGGUAUCUUCAAGGACACAACUUGAUCUACUGUACCAAGUAUAAUAGCUGGACCACUGACUUCAGAUUUUUGUUUGGGAUGAUGCUAUUCUUACUAGGAAUGGCUUUCAAUAUCCAUAGUGAUCAUUUGUUACGGAAGUUGAGAAAACCUGGAGACACAAGUUACAAGAUUCCUAAAGGAGGAUUAUUUGAAUAUGUUUCUGCAGCAAACUACUUUGGUGAAAUUGUGGAGUGGUUUGGUUAUUCCAUUGCCACUUGGACCUUCCCAGCCUUUGCUUUUGCCAUUUUCACAACCCUAUCCUUAGGAUCUCGUGCUAUUUAUCAUCACAGGUUUUAUGUGGAGAAGUUCCAGGACUAUCCAAAAUCUAGGAAGAUUUUAAUUCCCUUUUUAUUUUGAAGCAACAAUGUUAAAGCUCAAACAGACUUCAGUUAUUCUAUUGCAGAUUGCAAAAAUUAAUCUACUUAAUUCAAAACCAUAUUUUGAUUAUUAAGAGCUUUGCUAGAAAUAAGAUUUUCAGCAAUGUAUUUACUAAUGACCUAACUUAACAUUAUAAAUGAACUCAAGGUUUGUGUAAAGAUUUGUAGCUUGGGUUCCAGUUGUAGUUGUUAUGGCUAUGUUCGCCAAGCUGGGAAUUUGGUUUGCACAUGUUUUGCCUCCUCUCUAGGUGACAUCCUCAGUGUUGUGGAGCUUCCUGUGAAGUGCUGUUGUGUUGGUUGGAAUUUAUUUGGUUUUAU